AGUUGAACCAGGAUGGGGACCCGUGGUACUCUUGGGUCUUCUUCUCGUCGUGUGUUUCUUCUUACUGGGAACCACAGCUGGGGAAUUUCUAUGCCCGAAUUUAGUGAGCAUUUCUCGGGCUCUCAGGAUGAGCCAGAGCGUUGCGGGGGUCACUCUCCUGGCUUUCGGCAACGGAGCACCGGACGUGGUUUCGACUGUGGCGGGAAUCAGUCAGAACCGCAGUUCUCUGGUAAUCGCCGAACUCUACGGAGGCUCGAUGUACAUAGCCACAGUCGUCAUAGGGCUCUUAUUCAUCUUGAAUGACUUCGACGUGCCCUUGUCGAUUCUCCGCGACGUUCUCUUUUACCUGGCCGCCUCGGUCUGGACCCUCCUUCUCUUCAGACGGGGCUAUGUUGAGCCUCGAGAUGCUCUCGGUUUCCUCGGUCUCCACUUGUUCUAUCUGCUGAGUGCUGUCAUUUUUCCGAGACUGCUCGAGAACUUCAAACGAACUGAGUUCUUCAAGAAGAUAACCUCCCCGGAGCGCAUAUCUUCAGACGACGGUUACUCCUCCGAUGAACGCUUGGACCAGUUCGUAUACCAACCGAUCCACGUCAUGUCGCCAACCCAGCGUCCGCCGGGACGACUUCACCGAAAAUUCUCUUCAUCUGUAUCUUUGCAUCAUCAUCUGGAUAACGCUAUUUGCACCUUGAUCACAAACGCAGAUCACGAGUUGCAGGAACGGGUCCCUCGGAACCAGCAGAGUCGACACAACUCAAUCUGCGAGGUCAAUUUUCGAUUGCCCCGCUGUCCGUCGCGGGCUCAAUUUCCCAUCGGGAAUUCCGGAGUCCACGAGGAAUCCCCUCUGUUGAAUUCCGGAUCGUCGCACACCUUACCCACCCAGUAUAUCUACCCGCGAGUUUAUUCUGAGUGGCAGGAGUUCGUCAUGAGAUUGUGGCCCGUGAAGUCCGUGGAAUGGCAUAGCAUAUCGACCGUCAAGAAGUAUUUCCACAUGAUAACGUAUCCGCUACUGCUGCCCCUGCUUCUCACCAUACCCCUGGUGGACGAUCAUGCUCGCCGCAGCAAUUGGAACAGGCCUCUAACCGUCUUCCAGUGUACCCUCGUCCCUGUCGUACUUCUGAUCCUCACGAAGCAGCUCGAUGCCAUGGUUCACGGUGUACCGAUGUGGGCCGUGGCUCUAAUAUGCGGCAGCAUCAUAGGAAUUUCGAUCUUCGUCACGUCUCCCGUCCGAGAACUGCCGAAGUAUCACGUGCUGCUUUCAUUCAUCGGCUUCUUCGUCUCGCUCGCGUGGAUCUUCCGACUGGCGACCGAAAUUGUUUCUAUGCUAAAAGCGUUCGGCAUCUUCUUCAGUGUGAGCGAAGAAGUUCUGGGAGUAUCUGUUUUGACCUGGGGAAAUUAUCUCGGGGACCUAGUCACAAACCUGUCCGUGGCUUCUCAAGGCUAUCCGCAGAUGGCUCUGAGCGCCUGUCUUUCGACUUCAUUGGUCGCCAUCUUAGUAGGUUUUGGAGGAGCGUUCAUCGAGGUUUUUUUGACCGGAGAAACAAAGAUCCAGGUCCACGGGAGUGAUAUGCAGGACUUGAUCUACAUCAGCUUGCUCGGCAGCAUAACGAUCCUCGUCUUGGGCACUUGUAUCGCCAGGUUCCGGUCCUCGAGGAUAUUGGGAGUUGUGCUUGUUGCCUAUUACAUCAUUUUCGUGACGGUGAUCUCGUUGAUUGAAUUCGGCCCCGCAGAUUUCGCUGUAAAUGUUCUAUGGCCAAGAGAGUGA